AUGCGUACUCAGCAGCUCCUCCCUCUUUGUGGCCUCCUACUUGCCAGCGUUGCCAUCGCAUCCAAAUUGGACCACGACGACGUCCCCAAUCGCUGCUGGACUGUCUGCAGCUCUGUCGUCGAUAUCUCCAAGAGUUGUGAUACCAAGCACGAACGAGAUUCAGCUGAAAUUCAAUGCAUUUGCGAUUGGGACGCUGCCCAAACCCAGAUCCCGCUCUGCUCAGCCUGCAUCACCCAGUAUCAAACCGACAGGCGCAAUCGCAAUAUCACUCAACAUGACGAUGAUGACGAUGAUGACGAUGAUGACGAUGACGAUAACGAGGCCCUUGACCUUGUCCACUCUUGCUCGCUCACCACGACUACUUAUAACUCUGCCGCUGCUACUACUGUGAUUAGCACAUCUACUACCACUGCUGGUUCAAAUACUGCCACCACCACAGACUCUUCUAGUACUAGUGGAACCAACAGCCAGGAUUCGACCUCGUCUGUCUCCUCGGGAUCUUCUGAUUCCGCUGGUGCCUCGUCGGGCUCUGCAUCCUCUCCCACCCCUACUCCUGGUGCUGCAGUUGGUAUUUCGGCCCCCGGAGCUGCAUCCAUGGCAGUUGUCAUGGGGCUGAUGGCUUUUGCUUGGCUGUGA